AUGGCUCCAAUGGCAAUGGCUGGCCGCCGUGGAGGUUCCAUGACGUCUCUUGUCCGCUCUGCUGUGCUGCGCUCCGGCUCCGGAGCCUCUCUACAACUCACCAGCCGACUCACCACCACCACCACCUCCCGCGCCCUUUCGACGGCCACGUCGCUGCCGCCCACCUACGAGCGCCUCUUCAACAAGUACACGGAGGUCCGUCGCGUGCUCGGUGCCCAGCGCUUGACCCUUGCCGAGAAGAUUCUCUACAGUCACCUGCACAAUGUCGAGGAGUCGCUGCUCACGGGCACGAACAAUGGCCGCAGCGUGCGCGGCACCGCCAAUUUACGCCUCAAGCCGGACCGCGUCAACAUGCAAGACGCUUCGGCUCAGAUGGCACUGCUGCAGUUCAUGUCGUGCAACCUCGAGAGGCCCGCCAUCCCCGCGAGCAUUCACUGCGACCAUCUGAUUGUCGGGUCCAAGGGCGCCGAGGACGACCUGACCUCGGGCGUCCAGACCAACAAGGAGGUGUUUGACUUUCUAGAGUCGGCGGCGCGCAAAUUCGGCAUGGACUUUUGGCCGCCGGGCGCGGGCAUCAUUCACCAGACGGUGCUGGAGAACUACGCACUGCCGGGUCUGAUGAUGCUCGGCACCGACAGCCACAGCCCCAACGCGGGCGGCCUCACCACGGUCACGAUUGGUGUGGGCGGCGCUGACGCGGUCGAGGCCAUGGUGGGUGCGCCGUGGGAGCUCAAGGCCCCCAAGAUUCUCGGCGUCGAGCUGAAGGGCGCGCUGAGCAGCUGGGCCUCGCCCAAGGACAUUAUCCUGCGGCUCGCCGGCGAGCUGACGGUCCGCGGCGGCACCGGCUACAUUGUCGAGUAUUUUGGGUCCGGCGUCGAUUCGCUCAGCUGCACCGGCAUGGCCACCAUCUGCAACAUGGGCGCCGAGGUCGGCGCGACAACGUCCAUCUUUCCCUACACGCAGGCGUCGGCGCGGUACCUGGCGUCGACGCGCCGCGCGCAGGCCAUUGCCAACAUUGACGCGCUGCAGGCGUUUCCCGGCGCCGGCACGUCGGCGGACGCGCGAUUCCGGUUUCAGGCCGACGACGGCGCCGAGUAUGACGAGCGCAUCACGAUUGACCUGUCGGCGCUGGAGCCGCACAUCAACGGCCCGUUCACGCCGGACCUGGCCACGCCGCUGUCCAAGUUCAAGGACACAGUCCGGGACCAGCAGUGGCCCGAGGCGCUCUCGGCGGGCCUGAUUGGCAGCUGCACGAAUUCCUCGUACGAGGACAUGACGCGUGUCGAGUCGCUCCUCAAGGAGGCGGCCGCCGCGGGGCUCAAGCCCGUUGCCGACUUUUACAUCACCCCCGGCAGCGAGCAGAUUCGCGCGACGCUCGAGCGCGACGGCACGCUCGAGGCCUUUGAGGGCGCGGGCGGCGUGCUGCUGUCGAAUGCGUGCGGGCCGUGUAUCGGCCAGUGGCAGCGACAGGACGGCGUGAGCAAGGGCACGCCCAACGCCAUCCUGACGUCGUACAACCGCAACUUUCGCGGCCGCAACGACGGGAACCCGGAAACCAUGAACUUUCUCGCCUCCCCCGAGAUUGUCACCGCCAUGGCCUUUGCCGGCGCCACCACCUUCAACCCCGUCACCGACACCCUCAAGACGCCCGACGGCCGCGACUUUAAGUUCUCGCCGCCUCGUGGUAAAGAGGGCCCCGAGACGCCGUUUGAGUCUGGCGUCGCCUCCCUCGGCGUGCUCUCCCAGCCCGCUGAUCCCAAUGUGCCCGUCGCCAUUGCGCCCACGUCCGAGCGUCUCGCUUUUCUCGAGCCCUUCCCCGCGUUCCCCGCCUCGGACCUCACCGGCCUGCGCGUGCUCGUCAAAAUCACCGGCAAGUGCACCACCGACACCAUCUCCGCCGCCGGGCCUUGGCUCAAGUACAAGGGCCACCUGCCCAACAUCUCCACCAACACGCUCAACACGGCCGUCAACGCCGAGACGGGCGAGGUCAAUGCCGCGUACGACCUCGACGGGUCCCGCGACACCAUCCCCGCGCUCGCAGCGCGCUGGAAGGCCCGCGGCCAGGACUGGCUCGUCGUCGCCGAGCACAACUACGGCGAGGGCUCGGCGCGCGAGCACGCCGCCCUGCAGCCGCGCUACCUGGGCGCCCGCGUCGUCCUGACCAAGUCGUUUGCGCGCAUCCACGAGACCAACCUCAAGAAGCAGGGCGUCGUGCCGCUGACGUUUGCGCGCGAGGCCGACUAUGACCGCAUCGGCGCCGGCGACGAGGUCGCGACCGUGGGGCUGUACGAGAUGCUGCGCAACGGCGGCGCCGGCGAGGUGCAGCUGCGGGUCACCAAGAAGGAGACGGGCGAGGAGAUUUUGAUCCCGACAAAGCACGCAGUGAGCAAGGACCAGGCAGGGUUUAUUCUGGCGGGCAGUGCGCUGAAUCUGUUGUCCAAGGGCGUAUAA